UGCCUUUUGGCUUUCCGUCGGGAAUAUCCAGCGCAUCGGAGCUGUGAGUCGUCUACGCAGAAAUAUGCGCUUACACGUUGCUGCACGCUGCUGAGAUGCCUGGAUCUACAGUUUCAUGCCUCGCUGGUGCCAGCUGUGCGGCGCGUGUGUGUCUCAGUUGCGACAGGGCUCUCAGGGGGUGCGGCGCGCGAGCACGCGUGUGUUCGAAAGCAGUAUGCACCUGACACGGCAGACGCUCCCGCAACGGGCGGGUGAGAGCGCGGGCCAACCAGUUUGGAGCAGCGCUUUAUCAGCACACCGCCAGAGAAACGAGAUAUAAUCGCUGGAUGGGUUAUAAAACAGAACAGAAA